UAAACGGAAGUGAAAUAAAAAAAAAAAGUAACAUACCAAGCUUUAUAGUAAUUUGACAUGGCAAUAACGACUCGCUUAUUUCAUACAGGAAAAGUGUGACGUGAUCAGUGGUUAAAAUGAAUGCUCAGUCCAAUCAGGGUCCUGCACCCGUUUAUGUAGUCGUCUCACCGGGCCCAAACAUGCCCCCAAACCAGGGCACACAGCCAGCAUCUGGUCCUCAAAAUAUGAAUAAUAUGGCCUCCCAGCAGUCAAGACUACAGAAAUUCCCGUUUGAUGUACUCAAAUCUGUAAGCAUUGAAGUGACGUUAGUCUUGUCCAUUUUGGUCACUCUCUUAGGAUUUCUGCCCACUGGAGUUGUUGCAUUGGUGUUUUCCCUUCUGUCCCUGAGUGAAUACAAAACUGGGAAUAUGGCUAAGGCCAAGGAGUACUGCAAUAUCGCUCAAAUCUGGAUUGUCAUCACAGUGAUUAUCUGCAUCCUUUUAUGGUUUAGUAUUAUAAUUAUGUUCAUCAUGACAUUUCUCUUCUUCAAACAAAGUUAUGAGGAUUCAAUGACUCGCAUAAACAUGGGCCAGUUUGAGCCACCAGAAGGACGAUAGCUAAACUAGUAUCAAAUGAGAAGCUUUGUUAUAAUGUCUUAUUCGGAUCGAGGCGUUUUAAAAUGGAUGGUCAACUCAGAAACAUUCGAGUUAUUCUCACUCACACUGUUCUAUGUGCUCACAGUUAUUUAUAUACUCCAGGCUAGAUGGGCCUUACAACAGGGAGACACAGCAGAGGUCAAGGUGACACUCAAUCGAAUGAUGUUCUUGACGAUUCUCUAUCUCCUUUCCUCCAUUAAGAAUUUGUUUGAAGUCCUCAUGCCAUGCCCGUCCUAGUCACGCUACUAAGAGAGAAACAGCAGCUCUAUCAAUUUUUUUAAAACCCACUAGGCCAUAGUUUGGUUUCAGCUUGGACAGAGUAGUGUAUUUGUAUUUUCAGAAGAGUAACAUCAUUGGGAAACUGUAUGCCAUCAUAGAUUACAGGAAGAAAUGCCACGAAUAAAACAUGAACACAAAUCUA